CAUGGCGGUCCGAUACCCUCUCCUAACUUUGUAAAUAAAACUUUACCACAAUUUUGCAUUACUUCUUGAAAUGUACUUUCCAAUCGGUUGGCCGAAGUACUUCAGUUCAAGGGAUGUCCACUGUGGUGAGCUUAAAUCCCUAAAAUACAACAGAGAUCGCACGCUACUGGCCGUGAUUUCAGAUCAUAGUGUGUGUAUUUGGAACAACCGACCAAGAGUACUGGUGGUUGCUUAUCGGCGAUCAUUUGAUGCUAUUAAAGAUGUUGGAAGAAAUGUUACAGUUGCUUGGAAACCAGACUCUACUGGACUGGCUGUUAGUACAUCAGAGGGAAAGAUAGUGUUCCUAGAAUUACAAAGAAACAAUGGGGUACAACUUUAUGUUCCAAGAUUCUCAAGUCACUCUCACAGACAUUCAUCUCCUAAUUCUCCAGCUGGAGUACCAGCUUUGAAACUUGUAGAAAUUGCUAUUGUCCCAAUCUCAGGAGGUGUCACCAGUGUGGCUGCAAGGCGUGAUGAGUUAUUUGUCUCAACUGGCAGUGGUCUUCUCCAACGAGUUACUUGGGAUGGCUUUCUUGAAGGAGGAAUGACUAUGUCUAUUCACUCCAUACCUUUCACAAAUGACCUAGAGAAUGCAAGAGCAAUUCCUUUAAAAACAGAAGGUGUGAGUUUUCGAGCAAUUGAAUACAGUCCUUUACUUGGUGGGUUUGCUGUGGUGCUGGCGGAUGGCAGAGGUGGAUUUUUAUCAGCUGGCACAGCCAGCUUUGAAUGCUCUGAUAUCAUCGGGUUGUGGGCAAAAGAUUUAAGUUCAGCCACUUGUGUUGCGAUCAAUCACAGAUACAGAUUAAUAGCAUUUGGAUGCACUAAUGGUGAAAGUCUGGUGUAUGGUUUUGAUGAUCUGACAGGCAGUUUGCAGCUCUCUCAUAAACUGGUUUUGUCCAGCAAGGAUUACCCUGAUACCAUUCAGGCUACAGGCAGUAUCCAGUGUCUUUCCUGGACACCUGAUGGGUGUGCCAUUGCAGUAGCUUGGUCAUGGGAAUGCCAUGGUGGACUAGCUGUGUGGAGUGUAUUUGGAUCACUUUUGAUGUGUACUCUCGGUGGAGACUACGGGACAUCUCAAGAAGCUGUGCUGCACAAUCCACUGCACAUCAAGUCAAUGGGGUGGGGCCCAGAAGGUUACACUUUGGCUUUGGUGUCUGCUGAGGAAGAGAGUGGUGCUGCAGGAGACAUUAUGCAACUCCAGUUCAUGAAAAGUGCACUGACAGUAAAUCCUUGUAUGUCCAACCACGAGCAUCUAUUUCUUCAAGGUGAAGAAUGUUUGUACCUCAAUACUGGUGACAUGGUUUCUGAGACGCAAGAGCUUUUGGAGGGGAAUGGAACUAGGCCUGUGAUUGGUGGACCUGUUGGACACAGUACAUUGGUCAGUAACAAGCAAUGGCUUGUGUUACAGACUCCUUCUAAUUAUCUUGACAGCAACUGGCCAAUAAGGUAUGCUGCGGUGGACAAGAGCGGACGCUGUAUCGCUGUGGCUGGUAGAACAGGAAUCGCUCACUAUUCGCUCAACAUCAGGAAAUGGAAGCUUUUUGGAAAUGUUUCACAGGAGCAAAGUUUCUCGUGUCGUGGCGGCCUGGCUUGGUGGAGGGAUUUCCUCAUUGUACCCUGCUAUAACUCAAAUUCAUCAUCUGACGAAGUUCGUUUCUACCCCAGGACGUGUAAUUUAGACAAUGCAUUUGCUGUUAAUGUGAAGCUGCCUGCUCCAGCUUUCCUUGUGAAUGUGUUUCGUUGCUUGCUGUUGGUUUACAGUUCUGAUUGCCGCGUGGUGUUUUUUUCACUGGAGAGGACUGAUGAUGAUCCAAAUGUUCCUAAGGUGCAGGUGUCACGCGUGCAAGAAGUGGCGUUAGUAAAUCACGUGCCUCAUCCUUUAGCAGUGGUACAUGUCACGUUAACGUCACUGUAUGCAGAUUACCAAGGGUCGGAUGGACUGGAUGGCGUGGAGUCUCUUAUAACAAAUGUUGGGGGACGGCUGCUGAUGCUUCAGAAGGAUAAGGCGAAUCCUGAAAGAAAGACGAGAAAGUCUUCAUUCUGUUCCCCUGUUGUCUUGGCCUCGUGUGUGGAGAACGUGUGGACAUCGUCCACUUCAAGUCGAACCAAGAGACAUUUAAUGGAAGCUUUGUGGCUAGGAUGUGGCGCAAAUGGAAUGAAGGUGUGGCUCCCGUUAUUCCCUGGAAAUGAUGAAAACCCGCCGAAUUUUCUAUCGAAACGAAUCAUGUUGCCUUUCCAUCUAAACAUCUAUCCACUUGCUGUGUUAUUUCAAGAUGCUGUGAUUCUUGGUGCAGCUAAUGAACCGAUGCCUUUAGAAUGUACAUCUCCUGCUCCUACGUCCCUUUCACCGCAAGCCUUUCCUUUUUGCACUCUGGAACGAACGACGCAAAUCUACCUUCAUCACGUGCUAAGGCAACUGCUGCGUCGAAACUUGGGCCAACAAGCAUUGAAGAUUGCCAAUAUGUGUUGUGACUUGCCGUACUUUCCUCACGUGCUUGAACUCAUGUUACAUGAGGUACUUGAAGAAGAAGCCACAGCAUCUGAACCCAUUCCAGAUGCUCUUCUUCCUCGUAUCGUGCGAUUUAUAAAGGAAUUUCCUCAAUACCUUGAGACAGUCGUGCACUGCGCGAGAAAGACAGAGGUGGCUUUGUGGAGUUAUUUGUUCAUGGCUGUUGGUAAUCCACGCGACUUAUUUGCAGAUUGUCUUGCAGCAGGUAAACUUGAGACUGCGGCCUCAUACCUCAUUAUUCUUCAGAACUUGGAGCAACCAGCUGUAAGCAAACAGCAUGCCACUAUCUUACUGGAUAAAGCUUUGGACGGCUGCAAAUGGAACAUUGCGCGCGAUCUUGUCCGUUUUCUUCGUUGUAUUGGAGCAGACGAACUCGACUCUCCUCCACGAUCUCCUACGUUCGUGAAACCACACCAUCCCCCACCCCUGAGUCCAGCCGCGUCUGUAGAUAAUGAUGAUAUUCCUUAUACGGUAAAUCCCCACCCACGCUCCUCCAGCGUGACGAAGCCACCAUCACGCGGGUCCCUCACGCGCGGAGGCUCAAUGGAGAAAGCAUACAUAACAAGAACUUCCUCAUCAGAGAAGGGAUCUCUCACGAGGUCAGGUUCUGUGGACAAGUCACGGAAAAGUGUAGCAUCAAGCUCGCCAACUUCAGCCAUGCAACCAAAACGGUUCACGGAUUUUGAAACACCCGACAACUUUUUCAUCGACACCAUAUUGAAUCGUCAUGCUAGAUUACUACUAACCGCCAUACGUCUUAAGGAUUUGGGAAAGUUUUCCGCUCAUUUAGAGUUUCCUCUUGUACCUUGGCUGCGCAAAGAGAGGAAUCGCGCUGCUCGAGUAGACAAUUACGUUGAAACUUUAACAAGUAUCCACAAGAGUUUCGAUCUUCCUUAUCCAGCUGUCAAUCAACUGUCAUCUGCUCCGCUGUCUCCUAAACCUUGGAUAAGAAAUGGUCGAUUAUCAUCAGUGUCUUCGUCAAGUAGCACACGAGGCGGCCGACAAAAUCUGGAUGAGCUGGAAGGUAGACUGGAACUGGGAAUCGAACUUGGAGAAGAGGUGGAAGAAGAAGAGGCCCAGUUGUCCCCGGUCUGUAGAAAUGAUGAAAGCGGUCGAGUCAGCGGUGAUCCUUCGGAAACUAGUUCAGUAGCGCACUCAAUGGAUGGCGAGGAGGACUGGAUAUGGGGCGGGGAAGGGCCUAGUUACGUGGAUGUACAGGAAAUUCGAGCCCAGCUUGCGUUCAGUGGUUCGUUGCAGGCGCUGAGAGAGAUAAGAUUUUUGCUUAAAAUAUUUAUCGAGGCCAAAUGUCACGAUUGGUGGUUCAUUCUUUCCCUGGUGUUACGUGACAGUACGUGUUUGACUGACUUCGUUGAUGACAUGAUUAAAAUGCGUGACGCAACUGUUGACUCACUGACCCGGGUAAAAGAUGGAAUGGGAUCACUGGAGGCCUGGGCUGAGCAGAACUGCCAUGGUUAUCAGCUGUUUUUCGGCCUUCACAAAGAACACUGGCUUGCCCUUGACGCGGCAUUGGAAGCUGCUAAAAAUGCGCCCACUGAACAAAAGGACAGCAGUCCUGCUCCUGACUUGGGGCGCUACUCACGUCAGUCCAGCACGAGUAAGGAUGAAGAAAAGCUUGGUAACGAGGAAGAGGAAAGCGAAGAAGUGGCCGACGAGGAGAAGAGCGAAUAUGACUGUGUUGUUUCAUGAACAAGUCUGGACCAUCAGACCUGCGUUUCGUCUGAGUGCACUGGGAAUUUCGAUCACAGAUGUGAACUUGUUGAAUGUGAAAAAUUUAAUGAGAAGCAUUUAUUUAGAUGCUUCCAACAAGAAGUGAGAAAAUUGAAAUGAUCAUGGUUUCAGAAGGAAUCGCAUAGAACUCUCCAGGUCGAUGUCAAGUUCAGAAAACUGUGACAAUCACUUUGAAGAUCAGAAUACGUGGGCGAACAACCAGUUAUUACAUGUGAUAUGAUGACUAUAUGAAGUUCAUAUAUUUUGAACUGCGGUUAUAGAUACGUAUGAUGCACGAUCCUCGCAGU